CUUCAUCGUGCGACCAUUGAGUUUUCGAUCUGUGUGUGCUCUAUCCCCCCUCUUCGACACCUGCAAAACUUGAUCGAAACCCUACCCAUCCAAAGUCACCAGUCUCGGAAAACCCUGAAUUUCUACAAUGAGGACGAAGAAUGCUUCUGUGUCUUCCUCCAAGAAUGGAAACGAUGAGUAUCAUGCGGAAGAGAGGAUGAAAGAGCACAGCGGUAGCCCAAAGCCCACACAAGGAACACUCGAGGUUCCGGCGAUAAAGACGAAGGUCAAUUCAAAGGACUUUCCAUAUAUGAAGCUGAAUGUGAAGUCUUCACUGCAAGACUUCCAAAAAUUGAUGAAAGAAAAGUUGUGCGAUCAUAUGGAAAUCCUUGAACUGUUUAGGAGAGAUUCUCCUUUUGGUGCUUUCCUUGAUGUCCAACUUGUUCCCCCUCCAGCCAUGUUAUGGCAGUUGAUGGUUAGGGAGGCUAAUGUGGAAGGAGCAAAAGGUUCUGAAAUGUGGUUUGUAGUAAAUGGAGUUCGCAUUAGAUACUCUCUAAUGGAAUUUUCCUUGAUUACUGGACUCAAAUGUUCACAACUAGCUCCCGGAUACGAAGAGCAGUAUGAUAAGGAUUCACUGCCUGUUUUCGUUAAAGAAAACUGGUCAAAGGGUGUGGUAUGUUACACUUCAGUUGUCGAGAGGUUCUCAAAAUUGUGCCAGCUACUUGACGAUGAAGGGAAGAAAGAGUAUGCACUCCAGUGGAUAGUGAAGGUGGCGACAUUGAUGUUUGUUGUUCUCGUUUUAAUUGGUCAUGCUAAGAAAGAUGCCCCAGUUCCGAAAUGGAUCCUUGCCACUGUUGCAAACUCUGAUGAUUCCAUGUCUUUCCCAUGGGGGACAUGGGCAUUCUUGGAGUCCCUCCGUAUCCAAUCUUUGGGGAAGGACUUAGUUUCAGAAAAAAAGAAGCUUGUCAAAGGCGGGAAAACAUCAAACACCCUCCGAUACACUGGCUUUGUCCUCCCCUCAUCCAGUGUUAGGAGCAUUCUUCUUCCAGAAGGAAGUGAAAUACGUGCCCCUUGGAUCACCAGUCUGACCUCUUUGCCUUCUGUUUCCAAUCCAACUCUUGGAGAAUUCGUAAGGGGAAUCCAAGGUGGUGACAAGCAUAUUCAAUUAUGCAUGAAAAAACAACUUCUGGCCCAAGCAAGUGAAGAUGAAGUUCAUGUAGGAAGGAAUUCAUCUAAAGAUGAAGUUCACUCUUCAAGUGAGGGGUCAGAAGUCCCCUCCAAAAAGUAUGUCCUUAGGAGGAGAAAAGUAUCAAAGCCGUGCACCCCACAUGAAAAGGCUGAGCACAGACCUAUGUUGGAAACGCAGAGCCCUCUGUUGGAAAGGACAACCAAUAUCAAGGCUUCAUCUUUAAGUGGAAAUUCUAGUCAAAUCUUGCCUAAUUCACCGAAAGAUUACAUUGAUGGUAAAUUUUCUGAGCUUCAAAAGACGCUAUGUCUGGAGGGAGAGAUUGACGAAGCGAAGGAAUACGAUGGGAAGAAAGAAGAGCCGGUGGAAGUGAAUGAGGUCGACCACUCUAUACAUGAAGGGGUGGACCAUAAUGAAGAGGAUGAAAUAAAAGAUGGGAAGGAAGAUGAGAAGGUCGACCCCCCUUGUUUUGAAUGGGUGGACCAUAAUGAAGAUGCUAUUAAAGAUGGGAAGGAAGAAGAGCCGGAAGGAGAUGGGAAGGAAGAAGAUGAGCCCAUUGCAGACAAUAUGGUCAAGCUCUCCAGUUUUGAAGGAAUUCCUGAAGAGAAAGAUGAAGAAGAGGUUGACCAAUUUAAAGUAAAGAAUAGGUGUCCACCAAUCCAGGAAGAAGAAGAGGAAAAGUUUGCAGUUGAGGGAGAGGCCAAUGAAGAUGAGAUGGCAAUGAGUGAUAAAAUUGUCCAUGAUGUUGUUGAAUUCUGCAAAUCAACUGAAAACAAUGUUGAUGAGAAAGUUGAGUCCGAUGGUGACGUCUUGAGAGAACUGACAGAUGUGGAUGAAGUCGCUGCUGCACGGGAAUUGGGUCAAGGUCUCCGGGAGAAGAAACGAAGUAUUCAUAUAUCGAGCCCCUACUUCAGCAAUGUACUUAAAAAGGUAAAGGUUAUUAAUAGUAAUGUAUCAAAUGAGCUCGAUAAAGCCGAAGAAGAGCAACUCAACAAACGAAGGAACCCAUCUAGCCAACAACUUGAGGCCUUCCAUCAAUUCAUGCAGUCGGCAAUUGCUGAUGGGAGAGAAGUUCAGUGUAUCAUGGAAAAGAGGAGAGAGUCCCACGGUAUUGUUAAGAAGUGGUGGAGUUCCUUGAUGGAAUCCGACGGCUAGUUGGAGACCACGGUAAUAUAAGUUAAUAUUAGUAUUACUCCGUAUAUACAAAUAACUUGGUAUUAUAAAUUUAACAACUUAUUUUUAUUUCAUACGCAGCAUAUGGAAGAAAUCAUGAUCUACUUCAUGAAGAUGUAUAACAAGAAAGAUAGCACAUAUGU